AUGAAGUCGGUCUUCACCGCGCUCGCGCUGCUGCUCUCGGCCAGUCCGGCCAACCGCACAUACUUUCGCGAUAGCAACGGUUACAUGGGGCUGGUCGCGGGAAUCAAGCUCACGGGCGUUCUCGGCACGCCGAACGCGUGGGAGGUGGGCGUGUGCUUCUUCGCCUUGUCCGCCUAUCGAACGCCAGCCCAGCUGUUGCAAUUCGGCGAGGUAGACAACGCACCGUUGCGGAGCGGCGAACCCAUCGUCAAACUCAUCUCCCUGCUCCCGCUGAUGACCCGCGACGUGGAGCAGCACCUGCUGCGUCUUCUGACCCGGUGGGCCAAACUGUCUCUUCGCACCCGCCAGACUCUUUACGGCGCUGGUGUCGUGGGAUUGGUUCUUCGCGACUACACGGCCGAAAAGCCGCUCAGCCCGCCCCUGCUGCGGCUGAUCGUGGUCCUCGCCUCUUUCCGAUUGUCGGUCGAGGAGUGGCGGCUGCUGAUGCGGCUUGCCAUGGACGUCAAGCUCCGAACGAACCGCGUUUCCAUCCUCAAGGUCCUGGCCCAAAUCGGCCACCUUGGCCAGAGCCCGCCGUUCGUGGAGCUCAAGACCACCAUCCACCACACCGCCUGCCUGCAGAGCACUUGGCCCGGCGAAGGCUGGCCCACCAGUUAUUCGAUUCUGUUGUGGUUCUACAUCGAUCACGUGGGGAGCGCGGAGCGGCUCGACCUGGUGGCGCUCAAGGGCGUCGACAGCGCGUCGAUGAACCUCUCGGUCGCACUGGCCGAGGGCAAGCUAGUCGUGCAGGCGGCCGCUGCCGUCACCGAACUGCCCAUCGGCUGGCAGCGCAAGAAGUGGCACCACUUGGCCCUCAUCUCCUCCCGCAAGCGAUUCCAGGCGAGCGAUUUGCACGUCUAUCUCGACGGCAAUCUGGUACACACGGGCAAGCUGGGCUCCGCGCCGCGCAAGUUGCCCGCGGUGUCGUUCACCAUCGGGUCGGCCUCGGCCGGCUCUGGCGCGCACGCGUCGUCCCAGCAGGGAGGAGCCACCGCCGCCACCACCGCCGAACACGGAGAGCCCACGUCCACGCCCGGCUGGGUGUGGCGCGCCGGACAGCUGUGGGUGCUCGAGGACGACCUCAACGAGACCCAAAUCGCCACCUCCUACUGCCUCGGCCCUGGCUACAAAGGCGUGUUUCGACCGCCACUGGCGUCGCAUCUACCGGCUACGGUGUUUAUCAAGAAGGCCUCGGGUGGCCUGACAAGCCCCCGCGGCGGCGGAGGCGGCGAGGGCGGAGGUGGUGGCGGCAUCGGCCGCAGCAGCAGCACCACCAACGUCAGCAGCGUGCUGGGCGGCCGCGCGUCGUCGAACGCGGCAGCCGAACUGCAGAAGCCGAGCUUGCGCUCCGAGACCUACGUGCCCAUCCCACCCGAGCGCGUGCUGCUCUGGUACUGCGCGCGCAUUGUGCUGGCUUCCCCCGACAAGCGGAAUACCCAGCUGCAGGUGCCCAAUGGCGGGCGCGGAUUCGGAGGCGUGGAACCGCCGCAGCCGCAGGCGGCCCUGUUGGGCGGUGCGAUGGCCUUUCACCCGCUGAGCCUCGCUGACGCCGUGCGGCUGGUCGGCGGUCCCAACGUCCUGCUCGCCCUCAUCGCCGACGCCCAGAAUGAUGAGGAGCUGAACUGCACGUUGGACCUCUUGUGUGCGCUGUUGCCACCCAAUCCUGGCCUCACCCGCGAAUUCGAAGCUCUUGACGGGUAUCAUCGAUUGGCGACGAUCCUCAACGCCAAGCGGUCCCUGCUGAGCGUCCCGAGCCUGGUGCUGCUGCUCAAGCUGGGCACCACCUCCCUGGUGGCCAGCCGCCGAGCCCAGUCCAUACCCGACACCACCGCCAGCGCCGGCCCGGCCGUACACGCGCAGCCGCGGGUGCACCACAUCGUCGUCAAUCCGCGCGCGUUCUCGGACCUCCUGUGCGACCUGGCGCUCUGGGAGCGCGUCGAGGGCGCCACGCCCGCUCUGCUGUCGCACCUGCUCGCUCUCCUUUCGCCGCACAGCUCCUACCGCAAGAAGAACCUCCACACCCUGCUCAACCGAGUCAAGCUCGUCCCACUGCUGUGCCGCUACUUGGCCGGAGGCAGUGUGGCAGAGGCCACGCUGGCGAUGGUGGUCGAACUCUUGGCUGCGUUGCUCUCCCCUCCCGAGAUGCUCCCAAGCGACCUUCAGAUUGUGUGCGACCUGGUGGUGCUUCAACUGCGCAAGCAUGGCCGAGGCGAGGCGGUCAGCGCCACUCCCGCCCUCGAGGCCAAAGAGUGCACCGAAGUGGCGGUGGAGAACAAAGAAGCCGACGGCGCCGUUAACGAAGUCGCAGCCGCCGUGUCGCCCGCGAAUGGCGCGUGCGAAAGGGCGAGCGUGGGUCUGGCCGCACUGGACAUGCUCUCGAGCCUGCCGGCCGACUCACCUAUCAUCCAUUCCGGACCCAUCAGCCCAGAGUGGAUACUUUCGAUGUUCUACGGUGCGCAGAGCGUGGUGGUUGUUACGCAUGCGCUGCGAUUGCUGUGCGGGCUCGCACAGGCUUCACCGGCGUGGCUCGCCAGAUUCCGUCUCGCGGGCGGGUUCGAGCCACUCGCGACCGUGCUGCGACCGUUCGCGAGGAAUGGCGAGAUCUACAUGUGCCUCCUGUCUCUUCUGCUCGACCGACCCACCGCCGGGCUCCCGUCGGUUCAGCAACCGCAGUUCGACCACGUCUCCCUCUUCUCCGUCUUUUCGUCGCCCAAACAGUGCGUGGGGUGCCGGGAGGCCCUGCACGUGAUCCUCGCGCUGCUCAAGGAACUGGUCGACGCCAACGACGGCGAUUCGCACCCGGCGACGGUGGUCCUCGAAUUCCUCCUCCACCUCUUCGACUCCGCCAAGGAGCUACGGGGUCCCGUCUUUGGGAACAGCGCGGUGCUGGUGCUGUCACAAGCCUCCUGUUCCCGCAGGACCACCUCAGUCCCCGAGCUCCAGGACGCCAUCCUCCAGGGCAAGGAAGAGGAGACAAAGUCGCCGGGCGUGGAGUGUAGCCCGCCCAAGCUGGCGCUGGGACUGCUCCUCCGCGUGCUCGAGCGUGCGGUGACCGAAACGACCGACGCCGCGCUCUUGACCAACGUCAUCCUCGAUGCCACGCCCAGUGAAUGCCGCGAGGAGGAGGUGUCCGUGUUCCGUGUCGUAUUCCUGACCUCAGUCGCCAAUCAUUUCCUUCGCUCCAUGCUCCGUGAGGGCUACCACCACGAGCCGGAGCAGAAGGAGCGGGUGCUGCUGAAUCUCGCCCAGCUUAGCAACCUGCUCGUCGACGAGUCCACGGCCGACUGUCUGCCGCUGCCGCUGGCGUUCCACUUCACGCUGGCCGUCCUGCGCCACUGCUUCAGUGUCGACACCGAGGAGGUCGUGCAGGAGGACGCGGUCGGCAUGAUCGAGCGCAGGCUCGCCUUCCGCGCGCUCAACCGCGUCGUCCUGGCCCUGCUCAGCACCGAGGUGGAGGAAAAGAUGCUGGCGGCGCUUCAGGAGGUCAUCGACUCGCAGCGCGUGCUGUUUGCGCCCAGCAACGCCGACAAGGAGUUCAUCGCACAGCUGUGCUUGCAACUGGCCGGACAGCUGGUGCACGACAACUCCUCGAUUCGCUCGCUGGCGGCUAGUCUGUUCAAGCUCCUGCUGCUGACCAAGGAGGAAAUGAUGCGCGAGUUCCUUGUCACCCGUAUCCAAGGUCAGCAAGUGGACCUGAUGACGGACGGCUUUGAUUGCCUGCUGUCCAUCGACCUGGCCCGCUUCGCCUUCUGGGCCGUCGACGCCAUGCCGGCCAUUCGCCUGGCCUUUGGUGGCACGGCGGACAACCCGCGGCCCGCCAACGAAGCGGCGCGCCGCGAGGCCUAUCUCGAAGACGUCAAGUCUCGUCGACAGGCCGCCCUCCAGCAAGCGCAGGUGGUUGCGGCGACGAGGGCCGCGCGGACGGCUCGGUUGCGGACGGCGGCCCAGUUCGCGGUCAACGAGGCGCAGGAGCGCGACACGGUGGAUCGGCGCAAGUGCCGGGAGAAGGCCUACCACGACGUCUACGAGGAGAGCAAGUGGUUCGAGACCGCCCUCGAGCUCUACGCCGAGCGGGCGCUCUGGGGCAGCGACCACCCGCUGCCCUACACCAAGUGGCGGCUCGACCAACGCAUGCGGAGGAAGCUGGUGCCCGACACCGCAUUCUGGCGACGCUACAGCGAAACACUCGCGCAGGCCGAUGUCUCGGGUUUGAAAUUGCAAAACAAAAAGGUGGGCGACUACGAGGAAUUCAAGGAAUACGGCCAGCGCUACUCGAAUCCCUUUGUGGCGCUGGCCGGUCUUGGCCAGGCGAGCCCUGCGCAGCAGCGAUUAGCCAUCACCGCCGAUGGCGGCGCUGCUGCUGAUGCUCCGGGCGUCGACCGCCGGGAGUCAGGGGACUUGGAAGAUGAGGACCUUGUGCAGGACUUUGUGGUCAUGGCGGUGGAGCCGGACGCGCGCGAGGACUACCUCGGACUGGUGCGCGAGCUUCUGGGCAUGAGCGACAAGAGCAACAUCGAGUCGGUGCACGAGUGCCAGCGCCUCGAGGGACAGGAGCCCAUAGACGGGAUCAUGCUGAUCUGCGCGCGCUCGGUGUACAUGGUCGAGGGCUUCCGUCUCACGCCGGCCGGUCGCGUUGUGCCUCGCGUGGGCAACGUGCCGCCGACUCCUCCUCACAUCGUCAAGUGGUCCCACAAGGACGUCGCCCAGGUCCUGCGUCGGCGGUACUUGCUUCGUCCGGUGGCGCUGGAGGUGUUCCUCAACGACGGCUACACGCACCUGCUGGUGCUCGACGUCCAGGAACGCGAACCCGUCUUCAAGUCCCUCCUCGGACACGCCAAUGUAACAGAGAACUUUUCGCCAGAGAGCCUCUCCACUACGUCGCCCCGCUCCAGCGGCGCGGACACGGACGGAUUCACUAAGCUGGGCAGCAUCACGGAUCUGGUGCUGUGGCGCAAGUCGUCCACCGCCAAAUGGCAGAACGGCCAACUCACCAACUUCCAGUACCUCAUGCAUUUGAACACGCUUGCCGGGCGCUCGUUCCACGACCUGUCGCAGUACCCCGUGUUCCCGUGGGUCCUAUCCGACUACUCGUCCCCCGAGCUCGACCUCAACGACCCGCAGGUGUAUCGCGAUCUCUCGAAACCGAUGGGCGCGCUCACGCCGGCCCGAGCGGCCAAGUUCGACGAGCGCUACCAGGGCUGGCAAAGCGAGGAGCAGGACGGCGUACCCAAGUGGCACUACGGCACGCACUACUCGUCGGCGGGCAUAGUGGGCCUGUACCUGCUCCGGCUGGAGCCGUUCACGCAGCACUACCUCCACCUCCAGAACGGCCGAUUCGACGUCGCCGAUCGCCUGUUCCACUCCGUGGCCGAAAGCUGGGAGUCGUCGUCGGGUGCGGGGGAGAACUACAGUCUCACCGACGUGCGUGAGCUCACGCCCGAGUUCUUCUUCCUGCCCGAGUUCCUGGAGAACGUGAACAAGUUCGACAUGGGCCACAAGUACACGGGUGAUCGCAUAUGGGACCUCCAGGUGCCGCCCUGGGCCAAGGGCGACCCGCGCCGCUUCGUCGAUCUCCACCGCGCCGCGCUCGAGUCGGCGCUGGUGUCGGAACACCUGCACGAGUGGAUCGACCUGGUGUUCGGGUGCAAGCAGAAGGGCCAGGCGGCCGAGGAGGCGAUGAACGUGUUCUACUACCUCACCUACGAGGGCGUCGACAUCGACGGCAUCAAGGAUCCGCUGAAGCGGGCGGCGAUGCUGUCGCAGGUCUACAACUACGGACAGACGCCCACGCAGCUCUUCACCAAACCCCACCCGAAGCGCCGCACCGCGCAGCUGCCCCGCCCCAUCGACCCCUCCCACUGGGUGCCCGCCCACAUCGCAGAGGCCAAAUCGAAAGUUGGACAGUUGAGCAAGCCCGACAAGAAGCUGCUCGUGCUCACCAACAGCAAGACCUUCAUCCGGCCCAAGUGCAAGCACUACCUGGCGUGGGGCUUCUCCGACUUCUCGCUGCGUCUGCUCGCGACCGAGGGCGAAAAGCGGGAGGUCGUGUGGGACAACAUCGAGGUCUGGGGCCAGCUGCGCCACGUCGCCGUCAGCGAGGACGGCAAACAGGUCGUCACCGGCGGCACCGACGCGGCGGUGUCGGUGUUCCGCAUGUUGAAGCAGGGCAGCACGGACGACGUGGGCAACUCGCUGGUGCUGGUGAAGCGGCUCUACGCCCACUCGAAGCCUAUCACCGCGCUGCUGGUCUCGCGCGCUCACUCGGUCAUCGUGAGCGCCUCGGAGGGCGGCGACUGCGUCGUGUGGGACCUCAACGGCCUCUUCUACAUCCGCACCCUCGGCCCCCUCGACCACCCCGUCUCGGUUAUCGCCCUGCACGAAGUCAGCGGCGAUAUCGUGGUGUGCGCGGGUGGUGAGGUGUCGGUGUGGACCAUCAACGGAAGGCUGCUGCAUAGCAACCGGACCCAGCCGGCGGCCUCGCCCAUCACCGCGGUGACGCUCACGCAGUCAUGCGAGUGGUCGUCGGCGCACAAGGUCUACAUCACCGGCCACCAGGACGGCACCAUCAUGUUGUGGGGCGUGGGUCGAACGGACGAGAAGGAGCUGACCCCGAUCUUCACCUUCGGCCAACACGGCGGGCGAGCGCCCAUCACCGCCCUUCUCCUCACCCGGGACGAGCGGAUGCUGUAUUCGGGUGACGCGCAGGGCAUGGUGACGGGCUGGGCCGACGAGGAGCACCACGAGGUCGAGCGCCUGCCGCGGCGCUCCUCGGGCACCUUCCUCCGCAUGCCCGCCUCGUCGUCGUCCUCGCGCAGCGCCGACAGCAUCCCGCGUGCCACGUCAUCAUCAUCACUGGCCACGUCAUCAUCGUCAUCGUCAUCGCUGGCAUUGGCGGCGAGCGACACCUACCCACUGAGCCCGCGCAGCAGCGGCGGCAGCGGCCGGCCAUCGUCGCCGACGUCGCUGCACCAGUCGGUGGUGACCAAGACGCAGCGACGAUCGAGCAGCGGCAACGGUGGCGCCACUGCCGAAGCGCCGCCGACAUCUGCGACCGCGGCUGGCGGAGCGACGCCGGUGGGGCGUCGGUACAGCUUCGGGCUGGGGUCGCUGGUGCCCACGCGCAAGUCCGGCGCCACCUCCCCGCCUCGCCCACCCGGCCAGUAG